CACCGCUUUCUAACGCGGGUGGUGGCUGGAGCGGGCGCUGUGGGUGCAGGUCCAGGGGUCCAGCGGUGUGCUCAGGACCCCGUUGGUGCUACCCGGCCCCAGGCAGAGACGAGGAAGCAAUAUGAUGGACCUUCCCCAUGGCAGCUGAAGAACCUCAUCCGUUCAGGUGCCCAAGGUUUCAGUGCUGUUGGCAGCAGAGCUCUUCACAGCUGCUUAUUUUAACUGCACUCCAAAUGAACAUGCCUAACUGUAAACCUGUAAAAGUCAUCAAUGCAGCUGUGGCAUAACUUUCCCUUUGUCCAAGUGCACAGUGCUGUGAUAAAUCCAUUAAUUGACCAGAAGUCCAGUCUGACUUCAGCUGUGUAGAAAUCCUACCAGUGUUAAGACCUGAAAGGUACAAAAAAAGAAUCAAGCUUAUAAGCUGGAACAGAAUUGGAAGGACUGUAAGGACAUUCUGCUUGACUGAAGGAAGUUGUUCAAUUUGUGGAGUGACAUAUGAUGUCAAGAACUGUAUCAUCCUGGAUCUUACGCUCAGCAAGAAACAGCAUUGUUUUACAACGAAAAGGACGUUUGUACUCCAUAUGCAUCCCAAAUAGACAGAAAAUAAAAUGGAAGCUUGUUUUCUCCAAAACACUUCUCUACCCUGCUGCAAGCUGCAGCUUAGGCAAUAUCUUCUCCUUAAAAAAAGCAUUCAGACACACCUCCACCGAAGAAGAACAAUUCUCUUUCCAGUUGUCUCCAUCACAAAUCAAUGAUAUUCUCAGAGCAGGUGAGUUAUCCCAUAAAAUAUUGGAUUUGAAUUGUAAAAAUACAAAUUCUGUGUUGAGAUUCGAAAGUAACCAGCUGGCAUCCAAUACCCCUAUUGAAGACCGCAGAAGUGCAGCCACUUGCUUGCAGACCAGAGGCAUGAUGUUUGGUGUCUUUGAUGGUCAUGCAGGUUCUGCGUGCGCUCAGGCAGUAAGUGAGAGACUCCUUCAUUAUAUAGCAGUUUCUCUCAUGUCUCGGCAAGCACUGGAAGAGAUCGAGCUUGCUGUGGAGUGCAUGAAACCAGUUAUGCCUAUUCUGCAGUUGCACAAGCAUCCAAAUGAUGUGGAGUACCGAGAGAUAACUUCACAGUACUUUGAGAAUCUCCGGGUUUACUGGCAACACUUACUGGACCUAGACAUUGAGCCAGGAUUUAGUUUAGAAGAAGCCAUGAUAAGUGCAUUCAAAAGGUUAGACUCGGACAUAUCACUGGAAGUUCAGGCUCCCCAGGAAAACGAGUUGAUGAGAAAUAUUGCCCUUCAAGUAGCUUUUUCUGGUGCAACAGCAUGUGUAGCUCACGUUGAUGGUGUUCACUUACAUGUUGCAAACGCUGGUGAUUGCAGAGCAAUUUUAGGGGUUCGUGAAGAAGAUGGAACAUGGUCUACUCUUCCUCUAACGCGAGACCACAAUGCCUUUGAUGAAUUUGAAAUUAGAAGACUAAAGAGAGAACAUCCUAGAUCUGAGGAAAAAACUCUAUUUGUGAAUGACAGACUACUGGGGAUUCUCAUGCCCUCCAGAGCUUUUGGAGAUGUGCAAUUAAAAUGGAGUAAAGAACUGCAACACAGUGUUCUUGAGAAUAGCUGUGAUGCUGAGGCUUUAAAUAUUUAUCAGUAUGUUCCUCCAAACUACCAUACACCCCCUUACCUAACUGCGGAGCCUGAAGUCACAUACCACAAAUUAAGAGGCAAGGAUAAGUUUCUCGUUAUUGCUUCAGAUGGAUUAUGGGAGAUGCUCAGUAAUGAACAAGUUGUAAAACUAGUUGCUGGACACCUUACAGAGCUUAAUGAGCAGAAACCACAACUGGCUUUUGAGAAACCAGUUAAUUUGGGUUAUAUGCACAACUUGUUACUUCAGAGGAAAAACCGAGGCAUUGCCUCACUUGACCAGAACAUAGCUACUCAUUUAAUAAGGCAUGCAAUUGGAGAUAAUGAAUAUGGUGAGGUGGACCAAGAGAAACUUGCUGCAAUGUUGACACUGCCUGAAGACCUUGCAAGAAUGUACAGAGAUGAUAUCACAGUUACUGUGGUGUAUUUUAAUUCAGAAACAAUUGAAAAUUAUUACAGAAACAAUGAGUAGAUACUUGCACUGCUGCUGUUCUAUACUGCUAGUUGACUUUGAUACUGAGACCAUCACUGUCUGUCUUUUAUAGCCAAGCUGUUACCAGUGUUAUGGUCUGGAAGUUCCUAAACCUUUUUUGUUACUGACUAGUCUUGAAAAUAACCUCUCUAGAAGUGAAUUUAGUGAAAGUUCCCUGGCUUUCCCAGUGUGUACACACUGAAGAAAAAUGUUUUGAUGAAAGUUCACUGCAAUGCAACUGAACUAAAGAUUGCUGACAAAGUCCUGAUUCCGUGGGAACCACUGGUAAAACUUUCCCAAUGAACAAAUGAGACACGUUUCAAUGAGACUGGUAAAAUUUCAUAGGGAGAUGGAUAAUACCUGUAGCUGCAUAGAGUGUAGGAAAGCUCUGCUGUUGUGGAAAAUGAGUAGCAUCCUAUUGAAGCACUGUAAUUGAAUUAAAUAAACAAAUCUUUAUUUGAUGUAGCAGUGUCCGAUAUUUGCCUUGUGUACAUGAUGCUUAAUUUUAAAGACUGCACUAAAGAAAAUGGUUCAGACAGCCCUGGAACUAUUGGACAUUGUUUUCUGUAUAGCUUUUUAAGAUAAGAAACAAAGCCAUCUUUUCUUUGGCAAUUAUUUAAGUGUGAAUGCAUAUCCUCUUAAUUGUGCGUGGAUUUGUAUGACAACUUCAAACUCAAGAGCACAUCAGGGACUUCAUGGUCCCCUGCCUGGGAAUUAACAGUGCUAGACUUGAGCAUUUAUGCACCUACUUGCUUAAAGAAUAAAUCAUUUUCUUAAGUACUGAUGUAUGAAGUGUUGUAUAUCAAAUCCACCAACUGUAAUUUAAAUGAAGUUUGACAGAUCCACAAGUUCAGAAGUACAUCUAAAGGUAAAUACAGCAAAACACGCAGCACCUUUCUCUUCAGAUUUGACUUGGAAAUAAAAGUACUGGUGUUUCAC